UAAUACAGUGAUGCCCCUUAAGGGUGCUACGAGGUUCUUGUUAGAUGUUUACACAUAUCACACUCUGGUAUUUGGUAUCCUCAUCAGCUCUGGAAAGAUUGCUUAUGUAUUGGACCAUGUGUGUCAUCAAUCUUCACGUCUCUUCGUUUGUCUCUGUCAUGACAUUGUAAGUACUAGCUUGUAGGGUGCCACCACGGCACUAGAGGACUUUCAACUAUUGAACUCUCGAAAAAGCACAAAAUUAGCUACACAGAGAAAAGCCAGCUCUAUAUAUAUAGCCACUGGUUCUCUAUCGUUAUGUGUAUAUUUCUUCCAAAAGCCUACAAUGAAACUCUUUCUGUGAAAUUGUUCACCACAGGUAUACAUAUUCAUCAAUGACCCGACAUUUCACGAGGUGGCCUACAGCAUCAUGGUUUUUCUGGCCACUGUACAAGGUUACUACUGUGUCAGGUAUAUAGAUCAACCUGUACAUAGUGUAGCUAAUAAUAAUACGCAUGCCAUAGCACGGAGUGGUUUGUCAGUUGUUCUGUGUUUUACAUAUAUUGAGCCCACCUUGCUGAGCUGCCCCGGUAGCUCAGUGGUAGAACACUCGUCUAGCAAGCAGAGUGUCGUGGGUUCGAAUCCCACCUAGGGCAACUGUUUUCCCCUUUAAACGAGUGUUGUCCUAGGUGUAAUUAACCCUCGUCGGUGUAAUUGAAUUGUUUGAUACUAUGCAGUUACCUUGUUUUUACACCCCCGUGAUUCAUGCCAUUAUACUUCUGGAGUUUGGCGCCAAUUCACAGAUGGCGUGUCACACUGUAGAAAAGGUCCCUUCUGAAAGAAAAGGUCCCUCCUGCCCACGGGUCCCAAAUGUAAACAUAUUACCCCAAAAGUUUACUAUACUGUGUGGUUUGCGGUGACGGAACUGUUACGUUUACCCUAUGGCUACAUAGUAUAUAUAGCUCAUGUGGGAUUUCGUGGGUAUGUUUUGAGGAUUGUCCCCAAUAAUAUCCUGGAUCAGUCUUCAACUGAAACCUCUCAUCUGUGCAAACAGUGUAGAGUGCCACCCUUUUUCCAUUCCAGACCAGUUUGACUUGGUACUGAUUGGCAGGCAGAGCAAGCCUAAUGUCGUCCCGGGAGCCCACCACCAAGCAGCCAUACCCUCAGACCCAUUCAAGCCUAAGUUGAAUGGGAGAAUAUAGAUCUUUCCUUAUAUGUACCAUGCCACGGGCGCUAUCACGCAUACACAUCUAUUUUUCACGUAUUUCUCUAGAAAUACUUGUAACUGAGAAUUUUCGCAAUGCCACGUGACUCUCGCCUUUGCUCCCCAAAAUAUUUUUAUUUGUUCUAUAUAGUAUUCUUCUUUCGGACAGGGCAAACCUGGUGUAGUGCAUCUUUCCUCCUAUAAUCUUCCAUUCAACUUCCUUUCCUAAUUAAUGGACUUGAAUUGAGGGUCUUUCCUCCUCACAUGGGCAUACACAUUGAGACACUGAGGCACUAUUUCCAUUGCAGGAAAUACUCUACCUGGAAACAUUCUGCAACUUUUGCCACCAUCUCUAUGGGACUGUACGUAUUUGGAUUUAUUCUGUGGAAUAUCGACAAUGCCUUCUGCUUAACCCUGAGAGAAUUUCGUCGCUCCCAACCCCUCCUGGGUCAUGUGACCCAGCUACACUCGUGGUGGCACAUAUUUGCCGGUCUGGGGACCUACCUGCACAUUGUACUGAGCUCUAGAGUGAGGAUGGAGUACUUACAGAACAAGACAAGAAUCAACGUACGUAUUAUGAUGCAAUAUGUGUAUAGACUUUAUAAUUUGAGGGUAAUGCAAAAUAUAUAAUUUAUUGUGUGUGUACUUCAAGAGUAAGACCGGCUUUUUGUGUGAGUUACAUUUUGGCAAUACGUAUGGUUGCACACUGGCCUCUGCGUCACUGUGCCAAAGAUGUGGCAAAGAUUGACAAAAGCAAAAAUUUAUCUAAUUUCUAAUCCUGCUGUGUAGGUCAAUUAUCCCAGAAAAAUACGGUACUUAAAUAAAUAGUAGUGCAAACAAGGAUUCAUGAUUUGCCUUUAGGCACAUGUGAAAACAUACCCCACAGAGCUAGAAUCCCACCAAUUAGGUGUACACACUGGGCAUGAUGUUUAUCAGCAAACUAUCAUAACCCAGGAAGUUACGUCGGGCGGUUGCCGGGCAGCUAGUAUCUGCCCUCCAAGAAUGCUUACUUGACUCACUAUGACACACCGUGACAUCACAGCUACGUUAAUUAAGCGUCAUACUAAUAUAGCGUGUAAGCAAAUACCUAUGACACAAUUCAUUGUGUUUCCUGUCCCUAACAACAGUUUUCUUUGUGUGGGUUACCCGUUUUGGAAGUAUCGGACAAGAAAGAAUGAAGAAUACUGUAAAAUGCUGUACUUUAAAGGAAACAAUUUAAUUUGGUGUGAUUAUGGUGGUGGACAUUUUUGUAUGUGCUGUGGUUGUUUACUAGGAAACAAGGUUUUGUGUCACUAAUGUUUAUUUUUGUACAAAAUAUAAUCUAUAAUAGAAUAUUCCAUGUACAAUGCAUGAUUUAAUAGUGCCUUCAAAACAUUAUUCCUGUCGGAUUGAGAAGAAUAAAGGAGCAGUGAUGACGAUAAUAUUAUGUAAGCUGCUUAUAACAUCACCGUAAUUGGAGCAAGAGCGAGCCAACCAUGUGAGCAAAUGGCAAAAUUUGGCUGUCUAUCCGGCAUUGCCACCCAUACCGUGAUUCUUCAUACACAAAAACACUACCUGAAAUUUUGAAACCGCUAUCGUCAGCCAUGCGAGAGACUACCACCAGGUGCACCGACUAUGUGGACACACAGAGAAAUCGCAGAGCUACAGCUAGAGAGAGCUAUACCUACAUACGCACCAUGUCUACAGAACUACAGCUACAGAUACACCACGGACUGGCAAAGUGCACACAUGGAAAUAUCUACGCUGGCUAGAACUACAUGCU